AUGACUGCGGAGUUGAUUGAUGGAAAGACAGUUGCUUUGCAGCUUCGUGAAAGAAUCCACAAGCAAAUUGAUGACAUUCAAAAUAAACAUAAAGACUUUAAGCCAAAUUUGACUAUUAUCCAGGUGGGUGAAAGACCAGAUUCUUCAACUUAUGUUAGAAUGAAGUUAAAGGCAGCUCAUGAAGCAGCUAUUGAUUGCCGUAUUAUUAACUUACCUGAAAGUAUUACUGAAAUUGAGUUGGUGAAUACAAUCGCGGAUUUAAACGAUUCGUUAAAUGUUGAUGGUAUUUUGGUCCAAUUGCCAUUACCAGGACACUUGGAUGAAGCCAAAAUUACUUCAUCAGUUUUGCCAGAUAAAGAUGUGGAUGGAUUUGGCCCUUUUAAUGUGGGUGAGUUGUCUAAAAAAGGCGGAGAACCUUUGUUUUUACCAUGUACUCCAAAAGGCAUUAUGGAAUUAUUAACCCAAUAUAAUGUGCCAGUUGCCGGUGCCAAUGCUGUGAUUUUAGGCAGAUCCGACAUUGUAGGGAAGCCUAUCUCCAACUUAUUGACAAAAGCCAAUGCAACUGUCACCACAUUGCACUCUAAGACUCCACAACAACAAAUUGAAUUGUUCUUAUCUCAGGCUGAUAUUGUUGUUGCAGCAAUUGGUCAACCGGAAUUUGUCAAAGGAAAUUGGUUAAAGCCAGGAGCUGUUGUAAUUGACGUAGGCACUAAUUUUAUUCCUGAUUCCUCAAAGAAGUCUGGAUCAAGAAUGGUAGGUGAUGUUGAUUUCAAAUCAGCAUCUGAAAAAGCCUCUUUAAUUACUCCUGUUCCUGGUGGUGUGGGACCAAUGACUGUAGCUACUUUACUUGAAAAUGUUGUAAUUGCUGCCGAGAGGCACUACUCGAAGAAUAACGAGACUCCUAAAUUUACAAACCCUUUGAGGUUAAAUCUUCAAAAGCCAGUUCCAUCUGAUUUCGAAAUAUCAAGAGCUCAGCACCCGAAGAAAAUAGAUGAAGUUGCAAAAGAGGCUGGUAUAUUAGACAGUGAGUUGGAACUCUUUGGAACUCAUAAAGCCAAAGUUUCACUUAAUAUUUUGAAUCGUUUAGAUAAAAAAGUAAACGGUAAAUAUGUUUUGGUUACUGGGAUUACCCCGACACCUCUUGGUGAAGGUAAAUCAACUACGACUGUUGGGUUAGCUCAGGCUCUAGGUGCUCAUUUGCAAAAGAAUGUUUUCGCUAACGUGAGACAACCUUCUAUGGGACCAACUUUUGGAAUCAAAGGUGGUGCUGCUGGUGGUGGUUAUUCUCAGGUUAUUCCAAUGGAUGAAUUCAAUAUGCACGUCACUGGUGAUAUUCAUGCCAUUACGAUGGCAAAUAAUCUCUUAGCUGCGGCAAUUGAUACCAGAAUCUUUCACGAGAACACUCAGAAAGAUGGACCAUUGUAUAGAAGAUUGGUUCCGGCAAAAAAGGGUGUGAGAAAAUUCACCCCAUCAAUGUUGAGGAGAUUGGAGAAAUUAGGAAUUGAAAAAAUUGAUCCCAACGAAUUGACAGAGGAAGAGAUCACAAACUUUGCCAGGUUAGAUAUUGAUCCAGACACCAUUACAUGGAGAAGAGUAGUCGACUGUAAUGAUAGAUUUUUGAGAGGAAUUACAAUCGGGGAGGCACCUACGGAAAAAGGCAUGACUAGAAAAACUGGAUUUGAUAUAUCUGUCGCCUCUGAGUGUAUGGCCAUUCUUGCCUUGGCAAAUUCUUUAGAAGACAUGAGAGAAAGGUUAGGAAAAAUGGUGAUCGCUUCAUCCAAAGCUGGUGUCCCAAUCACUUGUGAAGAUAUCGGUUGUGCAGGUGCCUUGACAGCAUUAUUGAAAGAUGCUAUCAAGCCAAACAUAAUGCAAACUUUAGAAGGAACUCCGGUAUUUGUUCAUGCUGGGCCAUUUGCUAAUAUUUCUAUUGGGGCUUCUUCGAUUUUGGCUGACAAAAUGGCUUUAAAGUUGGCCGGUACAUCUCCUGACUUGUCUCAAGAAGAGAGAUCAGAACAAGAGGGCUACGUAGUUACAGAGGCUGGUUUCGACUUUACAAUGGGUGGUGAGAGAUUUAUUAACAUUAAAUGUCGUUCGUCAGGCCUAGUUCCAGAUGUCAUUGUAAUUGUCGCGACUGUACGUGCUUUGAAGGUUCAUGGUGGAGGGCCCGAAGUAAAAGCUGGUUCAGCUUUGGCGCCAGAAUAUACACAAGAAAACACCGAAUUAUUAAGGAAAGGAUGUUCAAAUUUAAAGAAACAUAUUUCUAAUGCAAUGACUUAUGGAAUUCCAGUUGUUGUUGCCAUUAAUAAAAUGUCUUCUGAUACAGAUAAAGAGCAUGAGAUCAUAAAGGAGGAAGCAUUGAAGGCAGGUGCAGUCGAUGCAAUCGUAUCGAAUCAUUGGGAAGAAGGUGGAAAGGGUGCAGUUGAUUUAGCUAAUGGUGUUAUUAAGGCAAGUAACGAGGAAAAGAAUUUCAAGUUUUUGUAUGACACUGCUCCUUCUGUUGCGGACAAGAUUACCACCAUUGCGAAGGACAUGUACGGUGCAGGUGAAGUUGAAUUUUUGCCAGAAGCUCAAAAGAAGAUCGAUAUCUACACUAAACAAGGAUUUGGUAACUUGCCAAUUUGUAUUGCUAAGACACAGUACUCUCUUUCUCACGAUGCUUCUUUAAAGGGUGUCCCAACGGGAUUUAAAUUUCCUAUUAGAGACGUAAGAGCAUCUAUUGGGGCUGGAUACUUAUAUGCCUUAGCUGCUGAGAUUCAGACAAUUCCAGGCUUACCUACCCAUUGUGGAUUUAUGAAUGUUGAAGUCAACGAAAAUGGAGAAAUUGACGGAUUAUUCUGA